CAAUGGUUUCUUGCACGGGACGACCAUAACAAGCCUAAAAUUCCAAGCCGACAGUUCUUUCUUGUACAGGAUUUUAAGGGUUUUAAAACGUUACUGCUGAUCUCUGCAGCCAAGGAACUGAGAAAUAAUGGUGAAAACAUCUUACAUGCGGCUCAAGGGGAGCCAGCAAUUCAGGCAACGGCUCCUACUGUCUACUCUAUCGGCCACCCCAGUCAUCAUUGAGGACAUUCGACCCGACGACUCAUGGCCUGGUCUGCGCUCCCACGAGAUCUCAUUCCUUCGAUUACUCGAGAAGAUCACCGAUGACUGUGUCGUCGAAAUCAACGAAACUGGGACGAAGUUGAAGUAUAAGCCCGGAGUUUUGAUGGGCGGGAAGCACCUCAUGCACGAUUGUGGUCUCAGUAGGUCUAUUGGGUAUUUCUUGGAGCCACUAAUCGUACUCGGAUUGUUCGGAAAGAAGCCCCUUAUGAUAAGGCUCAAAGGAAUUACAAAUGAUUCCAAGGAUCCAUCCGUGGAUACUUUUCGAUCAACUACAUUUCAUAUGCUUAAGCGUUUUGGGGUCCCUUCAGAAGGAUUGAAUCUAAAAAUUGAGAGCCGUGGAUGUCCUCCUCAGGGUGGUGGAGAAGUUGUUUUAUCAGUUCCCAUCAUUCAGAAUAGUCUAUCAGCAGUCACGUGGAUUGAUGAAGGAAUGGUUAAGAGAAUUAGAGGAGUAACUUUCUCUACCAGGGUUUCUUCCCAGUUUGAGCACUCUAUGAGGCAUGCUGCUCGUGGCAUCUUCAAUCGCCUGCUUCCUGAUGUAAAUAUAGAAACAGACCAUAAAAGUGGUCCAGAUGCUGGAAGUUCACCUGGCUAUGGUAUUUCAUUGGUUGCUGAGACUACAUCUGGUUGCUUCAUCUCUGCUGACACAGCAGUAUCUUACUCAAGGAGAGAAGACACAGAUGACAUUCAGGACGAAGAACAGGAAGAAUUGACGCCUCCUGUGGAUGUUGGUGAGCAAAUCGCAUCUGUACUGCUUGGAGAGGUUGAACAAGGGGGAGUUGUAGAUUCAACACACCAGGGUUUGUUGUUCCUCCUCUGUGCAUUAUGCCCUCAAGAUGUUUCCAAGGUUCGUGUUGGAAAGCUUUCUCCUUAUGCAAUUGAAACACUGCGGCAUAUCAGAGACUUCCUGGGUAUCAAAUUUGUUAUUAUGCCAGACCCAACAACAGAGACCGUCAUACUCAAAUGUGUUGGAUGUGGGUUGAAGAACCUCUCCAGAAAGCUCUCAUGAGGGGAGCGGUUCAUGCUAGUACACUGGAUAACUUGGUGGUCUCAUAUAACAGCUACACUUCAAUGAUUUGGGAGUAGAUAGUAUAUCUACCAUCACCAGCAUGAAAUUUUGUAACUCAGAGUCAGUAUAAUGGUAAGCAUUAACAUUAAAUCUUCCAUAAGUUAUUCAUUUUUUGAACAUAUACCUGGUGGGAGAGUUUGCAGCUUGCACAUUAGAGUUUAGACAUUUCUUUUUGGAGAUAAACUUGUGCAUUCGACCUUCUUGUACUCAUUUCACAACCGAAAAGAUAGCAAAGCUUCUGAUCUUUCUCACA